AUUGUUUUCCUCCGCGGAUCCGCGGCUGGACUCGGACCCAGGGCUCUCCCGACAGCGCCCUGGACCCCAAAUUCGAGCACCAUCCAAUUCGGACGCUCAUCGCAUCUCGCCUGAGCACAACCACGGAUUGCGAACUCAGCGCAGCGCGUGGCCGCUGGCCGUCCGCGGCGAUCUCCAUCUCGCUGACCCGAAUCCUGGAGUCAGAGGUUUCCUAUCCCACUCAAGCCCCCAAAGGAGUCACCACCCCAGGGCCGGCAUAUGGGUGAGGGGGCACCCCCUGGGGCCUGAGCUGCCCCGCACAGGAUGCCCCGUGCCCCCCACUUCAUGCCCUUGCUGCUGCUGCUGCUGCUGCUCUCACUUUCCCAUACUCAGGCCGCCUUUCCCCAGGACCCCCUCCCUCUGUUGAUUUCUGACCUUCAAGGUUCUUCCCCAUUAUCCUGGUUUCGGGGCCUGGAGGAUGAUGCUGUGGCUGCAGAACUUGGGCUGGACUUUCAGAGAUUCCUGACCUUGAACCGGACCUUGCUAGUGGCUGCCCGGGAUCACGUUUUCUCCUUCGAUCUUCAAGCCCAAGAAGAAGGGGAGGGGCUGGUGCCCAACAAGUAUCUAACAUGGAGAAGCCAAGAUGUGGAGAACUGUGCUGUACGAGGAAAGCUGACGGACGAGUGCUACAACUAUAUUCGUGUUCUUGUUCCCUGGGACUCCCAGACGCUCCUUGCCUGUGGAACGAACUCAUUCAGUCCUGUGUGCCGCAGCUAUGGGAUAACUUCGCUGCAGCAGGAGGGUGAGGAACUGAGUGGACAGGCUCGAUGCCCCUUUGAUGCCACCCAGUCCAACGUGGCCGUCUUUGCAGAGGGCAGCCUGUACUCAGCCACAGCUGCGGAUUUCCAGGCCAGUGAUGCUGUAGUUUACAGAAGCCUUGGGCCCCAGCCCCCACUCCGCUCCGCCAAGUACGACUCCAAGUGGCUCCGAGAGCCACACUUUGUCCAUGCCUUGGAGCAUGGAGACCAUGUCUACUUCUUCUUCCGCGAGGUCUCUGUGGAGGAUGCUCGGCUGGGGAGGUUGUGCAGUUCCUUUCAACACCUAUCCUGCAUCUUUUCUGGCUCCUCCAGCAUCCCUGGCUCUGCCGUCUGCGCCUUCUACCUGGAUGAGAUUGAGCGUGGAUUUGAGGGCAAGUUCAAAGAGCAGAGGAGUCUGGAUGGGGCCUGGACUCCUGUGUCUGAGGACAGGGUCCCCUCACCCAGACCAGGAUCCUGUGCAGGAAUAGGGGGAGCUGCCUUGUUCUCCUCUUCUCGAGACCUCCCUGAUGAUGUCCUGACCUUCAUCAAGGCUCACCCGCUGCUGGACCCCGCUGUACCGCCUGCCACCCAUCAGCCUCUACUCACUCUCACUAGCAGGGCCCUACUGACCCAAGUAGCUGUGGAUGGCAUGGCUGGUCCCCACAGUAACAUCACAGUCAUGUUCCUUGGCUCCAACGAUGGGACAGUGCUGAAGGUGCUGCCCCCAGGUGGGCGAUCCGGCGGACCUGAGCCCAUCCUCCUGGAAGAGAUUGAUGCCUACAGCCCUGCCCGGUGCAGUGGGAAGCGGGCAGCCCAAACAGCACGACGGAUCAUAGGGCUGGAGCUGGACACUGAGGGUCACAGGCUCUUUGUGGCUUUUUCUGGCUGUAUUGUCUACCUCCCUCUCAGCCGGUGUGCCCGGCAUGGGGCCUGUCAGAGGAGCUGCUUGGCUUCUCAGGACCCAUACUGUGGAUGGCAUAGCUCCAGGGGCUGUGUGGAUAUCAGGGAACCUGGUGGGACUGAUGUGGAUCAGGCUGGGAACCAGGAAUCCAUGGAGCAUGGUGACUGCCAAGACGGAGCUACUGGGAGUCAGUCUGGCCCUGGGGAUUCUGCUUAUGUGCUUCCGGGUCCUGGCCCUUCCCCUGGGACCCCCAGUCCCCCCAGUGAUGCCCAACCCCGGCCCCAGUCUUCCACUCUUGGAGCUCACACUCGGGCCCCUGCCCUGCUCACUCGAGUCCCCUCGGGAGGUCCCUCCAGGUACUCCGGGAGUCCCGGGAGGCACCUCCUGUACCCGGGCCGGCCGGAGGGCUACCGGGGCCGCGCCCUGAAGAGGGUGGACGUCGAGAAGCCCCAGUUGUCCCCGAAGCCUCCCCUCGUCGGGCCCUCCUCCCGCCAGGCCGUCCCGAACGGCGGCCGUUUCAACUUUUAAAGGGAGCAGCCCACAGCCUCCAGCGUGGGGGGCGCCCGAGUCCUCUCGGCCGCGAGCUGGACGCUCUUCAGGACGUCUCACCGCCCCCUCGCCCCGCACCUCCAGCCUUCCCGACUCGCAGAGUCUCCCGAGGCCCCUUUUCGCCUCGGGUUUAUUUAUUGACUGUCUUUCCCCCUGUCCUCGAGAGAGGAGUGGGAGGUGAGAAGCCCGUCCCCUCAGUGAGCCAGCAUUUCGGGGGGAGCUGGCGGACUCCCACUCCCCGCUCCCUUCCAGCCAAGCUGCCUUAACUCGCCCCUCGGGGCUCCCGCAGAGACUGGGCCCCGGGCGGGCCGCGCGCGCUGUGUCCAGAGUCCUCGGGCCUCCCGGGUCUGGGACGUGCCUCUCCUACUGUGUAGGAGCCUCCGCUUCCCAAUACAGCCGUGUCCGCAGCCGCUGCCUGACUUUACUCGGGCAGGGGAGGGCGGCAGUCGGUCGGCUCGCUCUGGGCGCCCUCGCCCUCUGCCUUUAUCUGGGCCCUGGGCUCUCCCGGGAAAGGGGAUGGCUGCGGUCUCGCCGCGGGGGGAGUCUGGAAAGGUUUCCUAAAGGAGACGAGCGAACUAAUGGUGUCGAGGUGAGCCAGGGCCCGGGAGACCCCGUAAAGUUUAGUUGAGGCUGGGGAAGGCCCUCGGAGCUCGUUUCUGGAUCGAGGUAAGAGGGACUUUCUUAAAGGCCUAGUCUAUGGGAUGGGGCGGCGGAGGGAAUUUUUUGAGAAAUAAAAUGAAGCUAUAGCGUACGUU